CACUCUCCUACAUUCUCCUUCCCUGUGUCAGUACUGGGAUCAUUUUUUUUUUCCUUCCUCUACUCCCUCCCUCUGCCUGCCCCUCCCUCCCUGUCUCCCUUCCCUCCCUCCCUCCCCUCUCGACUGGGUCGGUCCGCUGAGGUGCCGGAUCCCCCUCACGGCUGGGACGCGCCGAACUCCCAGCAGGAGUCCGCUCUUUGGAGCCUGGUCCCUCCCUUCCCCUUCCCUGCCCCCUUCCCCCACCCCCGACGCGGGCUCCGCGCGGCGGCGAGAGGAACCCCGAGCAGCUGGCCCCGGUCCCUGAGCUGGAGGAAUGGAGAACUCCUCAGCAGCUUCGGCCUCUUCUGAGGCAGGAAGCAGCCGCUCCCAGGAGAUCGAGGAGCUGGAGCGCUUCAUUGACAGCUACGUGCUGGAGUACCAAGUGCAGGGGCUGCUGACCGACAAGACGGAGGGUGACGGCGAGAGCCAGAGGACACAGUCCCAUAUCUCCCAGUGGACGGCGGACUGCAGAGAGCAGCUGGAUGGUGGCUGUUCCUUCUCCAGAGGGCGAGCCCCGCCGCAGCAGAAUGGCAACAAGGACAACUCCCUGGACAUGCUGGGCACAGAUAUCUGGGCCGCCAAUACCUUUGAUUCCUUCAGUGGUGCCACCUGGGACCUGCAGCCUGAAAAGCUGGACUUCACCCAGUUCCAUCGGAAGGUCCGCCACACACCCAAGCAGCCCCUGCCACACAUCGACAGAGAAGGGUGUGGAAAGGGAAAGCUGGAAGAUGGAGACGGUAUCAGCCUGAAUGACAUUGAGAAGGUCCUCCCGACCUGGCAGGGCUACCAUCCGAUGCCCCACGAAGCAGAGAUUGCACAUACCAAGAAGUUGUUCCGAAGGAGGAGAAAUGACCGAAGACGGCAGCAAAGACCUCCAGGAGGGAACAAGCCCCAACAGCAUGGUGACCAUCAGCCAGGCAGUGCCAAACACAACAGGGACCACCAGAAAUCUUACCAGGGGGGCUCAGGGCCCCACCCCUCAGGGAGGCCCACGCACCAUGGCUACAGCCAGAACCGACGCUGGCAUCACGGCAACAUGAAACAUCCACCGGGAGACAAGGGAGAAGUGGGCAGCCACCGCAACGCCAAAGAGACCGUGACCGUUGAGAACCCCAAACUUGAAGACGGCCCAGGGGACACCGGACACAGUGGCCUUGAGCCCCCCUGCAGCCCUGACACUCUGACCCCAGCAGCUUCUGAGAGACCAACCCCUCAGCCGCCAGGGGGGCCGGAGGCUGAGAUAAAGCAUAAAGACACUGUUCUUCCCGAACGUCUCGGGGAACGGCCCAAAAUCACCCUGCUCCAGUCUUCCAAAGACAGGCUGAGGCGAAGGCUGAAGGAAAAGGUACUGGACAUCCCGAAUCCCACUGAGACUUCAGCUCCACUGAGGUGUGUUUUAUGUGUCCCCCAUGUCCCCCAGGACGAAGUGGCAGUAGAGACAAGCAGCCCUCAGCCAAGCAAGAUGGACAGGCUGAUGGAAAUCCUGAACAGCAUGAGAAAUAACAGCAGCGACGUGGACGCCAAGCUCACCUCCUUCAUGGAGGAGGCGCAGAACUCCACCAACUCUGAGGAGAUGCUGGGGGAGAUCGUGCGGACCAUCUACCAGAAGGCCGUGUCAGACCGCAGCUUUGCCUUCACAGCUGCCAAGCUCUGCGACAAGAUGGCCCUCUUCAUGGUCGAGGGGACCAAGUUCCGGAGCCUGCUCCUCAACAUGCUCCAGAAGGACUUCACUGUGCGGGAGGAACUGCAGCAACAGGAUGUGGAGCGCUGGCUGGGCUUCAUCACCUUCCUGUGUGAGGUGUUCGGCACCAUGCGGAGCAGCACUGGCGAGCCCUUCCGAGUGCUGGUGUGCCCCAUCUACACGUGCCUCCGGGAGCUCUUGCAGUCACAGGAUGUGAAGGAAGACGCAGUCCUCUGCUGUUCUAUGGAGCUACAAAGCACAGGCCGGCUGCUAGAGGAACAGCUGCCAGAGAUGAUGACGGAGCUCCUAGCCAGCGCAAGAGAUAAGAUGCUGUGCCCCUCGGAGUCCAUGCUAACCAGGUCCCUGCUCCUGGAGGUCAUCGAGCUCCACGCCAACAGCUGGAACCCUCUGACACCCCCCAUCACGCAGUACUACAACAGGACCAUCCAGAAACUGACAGCCUGACAGCCCAGCUGAGGGGGCCUGGCGGGCAGCCCGUGGGCAGCUGGGGCCCUGGUGCACAGGGCCAGAUGGACAGGCGCAAGGACAGGGGUGGCCCUGGCGGGAAAGAGAACUGAGCAGGGAGGCAGGUAGCCACGGUGGCCAGUCUGGAGCCAGCGGAGGAGGAGGAGAUUGGAUCCCUCAGAAGGGCUCCCCAUGCAGCCCACCCCCCACCCCCCAAGCCUGCGCAUGUGGCAGCUCACACCAAGGGAAAGCAUGUCUCUUUGUCCUGGUGGUCACCCGCCCUUGCUCUCUUCUCCUCGGCUCCAGUCCUCCCCACCCCCUACCUUGCAGCCCAUUCCC